AUCGAUCACACCAUCAUCCAUCCAAUCUUCAAGCUACAUUAAUAACUCUUAAUUGUUCAUUCUUUCAUCCAAAAUACCAAUUUCUAUGGCUUUCAAUAGCUUGUACUUUCGUAUACUCUGUGUUUCCCUUGUGCUAUCCUUCUUGACAUCCAUUUCCAUAGCUGAUAAUAACCAUGAAGCCGUUCCACCAGAAACCAUAUGCUACUCAACCUUAGACCCUUCUUACUGCAAAUCUGUGCUUGCUAAUCAAAAUGGCAGCAUAUAUGACUAUUGCCGCAUUUCUGUUCGAAAGUCAUUGUCUCAGUCUCGUAAGUUCUUGAACAACAUGUAUUCAUAUCUUCAACAUCCUUCUUCUUAUUCUCAACCCACAAUUCGUGCUCUUGAGGAUUGUCAAUUCCUUGCUGAAUUAAACUUUGAAUACUUAUCAACAACACGUGGCACUGUUGAUAAAGCCAGCGAUGUUCUUCCCACCUCUCAAGCCAGCGAUGUUCACACAUUGCUUAGUGCUGUUUUGACAAAUCAACAAACUUGUUUAGAUGGCCUUCAAACUUCAGCUUCAGAUUCAAGAGUGAAGAAUGAUCUUUCUUCCCAACUCUCGGAAAAUGCAAAGCUUGACAGUGUCUCGCUUUAUUUGUUCACCAAGGCCUGGGAUUCUGAGAACAAAACUUCAACAUCAUGGCAGCACCAGAAUGAACGUUUACCCUUGAAGAUGCCAAACAAAGUACGUGCCAUUUAUGAUUCCGCGAGAGGCCAGGGGAAAAAACUACUUCAAACAAUGGAUGAUAAUGAAAGCGUACUUGUGAGUGAUAUUGUGGUGGUUAGUAAGGAUGGAAGCGGGAACUUUAUCACUAUCAAUGAUGCCAUAGCUGCUGCACCAAAUAACACAGCUGCCACCGAUGGCUACUUCAUUAUUUUUAUCGCCGAGGGUGUAUAUCAAGAGUACGUAUCUAUAGCCAAAAGCAAGAAGUUCUUGAUGCUAAUUGGAGAUGGAAUCAAUCGGACAAUCAUCACUGGCGAUCACAACGUUGUUGAUGGCUUUACAACAUUUAACUCAGCCACAUUCGCUGUGGUAGCACAAGGAUUUGUGGCAAUGAACAUAACAUUCCGCAACACAGCUGGGCCAAGCAAGCACCAAGCAGUUGCAGUAAGAAAUGGAGCGGAUAUGUCCACCUUCUACAGCUGUAGCUUUGAAGGGUAUCAAGACACACUAUACACGCAUUCUCUGAGGCAGUUUUAUCGCGAAUGUGACAUAUAUGGCACAGUUGACUUCAUAUUUGGAAAUGCAGCUGUUGUUUUACAAAACUGCAACAUGUAUCCCCGCCUCCCCAUGAGUGGACAAUUCAAUGCCAUCACUGCACAAGGUCGAACUGAUCCAAAUCAAAACACUGGCAUUUCCAUACAAAAUGCGACCAUAAAAGCAGCACAGGAUCUGGCUCCCGUGGUUGGUACUGUGGAAACAUUCCUUGGGAGGCCAUAGAAGGAGUACUCAAGGACUGUUUAUAUGCAGUCUUUCAUGGAUAGUUUGAUAGCUCCGGCUGGUUGGCAUGAAUGGAAUGGGAAUUUUUCACUGAGCACCUUGUACUACGCAGAGUAUGAUAACACAGGUCCUGGUUCAAACACUGCCAACCGAGUCAACUGGCCUGGCUAUCAUGUUAUUGAUGCUACUGAUGCAGCUAAUUUUACUGUCUCUAACUUCUUGGUUGGGAAUGAUUGGGUGCCUCAGACUAGCGUUCCAUAUCAGACAUCAUUGUAAUAAUAAGUCACUUUACUUGGAUUGGAAUGCCUGUCAUAGAGUAUGUUUAAUGUGUUGUUCCAUAUCAUCUAGCUACAAUAAGUGAUAAAUGUGGAGGAUCUGAUAAAAGAAGGAGUGAAUUUGUCAAAUCUUUUAACACGAAUAAAUUGUUAAUCGCACAAUUUUUUUAUCA